AUGUCGAUGCCAUCGGACACCGUACCCGUGAUCUACAUCCCGGAUGAGUUGCGCCAAUCGGAUCGCGUACAGCGUCUGGUCAAGCAUUUUGAGUCGAAAUUUGGUGACAAACCGGUAUUCCUGGUGCGGGUGCCCGGGAGGGUCAACAUCAUUGGCGAGCACAUCGACUACGUGGGCUACCCGGUGUUCCCCAUGGCUCUCAAACAGGACAUCGUGAUGGCCGUGUCCGUCAACACCAGCCCCCAUAUUGAGUUAACCAACUUAGACGCUGACAACUACUCGGACGUCACCAUCGAUGCCACGAACCUGGAGUUCCCGCAACCGCCUCAAUGGUACCACUAUUUCCAGUGCGGCUAUAAGGGUGUUGUCGAGCGGUAUUGCAACGGUCAGCCCCCUCUGGGUCUCAAUGUGGCCGUUCACGGGUCUAUACCGCCCAGUAGUGGUCUGUCCAGCUCGUCAGCCAUGGUCUGUGCCUCGGCUUUCGCCACUAUAAUAGCCUUUCACCAAAAGACCAACCUGCUGUCCAUACCCAUCGAUAAGCUCGAGAUCACUCAACUGUGCAUUAAGUCCGAGCGCUAUAUCGGCACCGACUCGGGCGGUAUGGAUCAGGCCAUCGCCAUACUGGCUGAGGAGGGCAGCGCUAAGUACAUUGAGUUCAUACCGGAGCUGACGGCCGUCAACGUGCGCCUACCAGAAGGGGUCGACUUCUACAUCUCCCACUGCGGGGUAUCCAUGAACAAGGCGGCCACCGCCUACUAUAAUACCCGGGUGGCCGAGACACGACUGGCCGCCGCAUACAUCGCCAAGAAACUCAAUAUAUCCGGCUAUAGGCUGGGCGACCAGCUAUGGGUCGUACAACAGGCCAGUGCUAUACCGCUGGCCCUUAUGGGCGACAAACUAAAGGAGAUCUUCGACCCAAACAAACACUCUGCUAUACCGCUGGCCCUUAUGGGCGACAAACUAAAGGAGAUCUUCGACCCAAACAAACACUCGUAUAAUAAGGCAGAGAUUGUCUCAGUUUUAGGCAUAGACAACGACGAGUUGGAGCGGACUUUCCUGUCGCGGGUGUCGGAGCCGAUCGACACGUUCCGGCUCUACCAGCGAGCCCUACACGCCUACGACGAGGCCUAUCGGGUGCAGGAGUUUAGGCGGGUGUGCGAGACGUCCGGCGACGUGGACCGGUUGGGCCAACUCAUGAAUGAGUCGCACGACAGCUGCCGCGACCUCUACGAGUGCUCCCAUCCCAAGCUCGACCAACUGGUCCAACACGCCCUGUCCUACGGGGCCAUAGGCUCGCGGCUUACCGGCGCCGGUUGGGGCGGUUGUAUCGUGAGUCUAGUGCCCGCCGACAAGUCGCCCGCAUUUGAGGCCAAUAUGAGUAGGCAUUCAAAGUUUAACUGUAAGAGCGGGCCCUCCGGGGGCGCACUUAUAUACAAACUGUUUUGA